CCCCAACCCACGGGGGCCCUCUAGUGCUCUUUAAGAAAAUGGAACUUUUUUAAUAACAAAUUCUAGUCGCUUUUCAGUAGCACUAGCAGCAACACAAAAAAUAUUGCGCCGUAGUUUAAGUCCAGAAAUAUAUAUUUAAGACAGAUUACGGGGGGUCGUAGGCAGCUUUCUCGGGGGUCGUCGCCAGCCGGUUCAUUCACAAACAUCACGUGUGUCCCGCCUGUAACCGGCAGAAUCGUGUUUGGAUGAAACCGUCACGCCGUCAUCUCUAGGAAACGAGUGACUCUGCCUGUGCUUGAGGUCUCAGCAGUCUGGCGUUGUGGAUGGUUUGUCUACCUCUAAUCCAAACCAAAAGAGAUUCUGUUGGCUCAGAGCCUGUGAACGAGAGCCUAAAGCAAGCCGAGUAAAGGUGCACGCACAGAGUUGAAUAAAAUGGGGGCUGUGAUCCCAAUGCGCCUUUCUGGAAUAUGGCAGUGUUUUCUGUGGCCAUGCCGGAUGUGAAAGCCCCACAAUGUGAUUACUCCCCAGCAGGCUCUCCUGCAGGCUGCAGCAUGGACCUGUCCGUUCUCAGCUCCCCACUGUCUGCUUACCCUCAUCAUGGCGUGCCCCCCUUCCCAGCCCAGGAUGUAGCUCCGGGCCACUGCAACAACAACAAUGGCCUGCUCAGCAACCUGGGGGUCUACUGCUCCACCAGCAGUAUGCAUCCCCUUAAACAGCCUGAUGGCCAGUCUGGCUACGGGGCGAUGCGCUUUACACAGGGCUGCGUGAACACCGGUGGCACCCGGCUUUACCGCAGCCUGGAAAACCUGCACUGGGCUGCCGUGUCAGAUCCCAAUGCAUAUCCUUACAGAAUUGUGGACAGUGAGUUAAUACUUCACUGCACUUCAAGCAGCCACUGGUACGACGGACCUCCUCAGGAACCACAGGUUUACGGCUUAAUGCCUUCCCAUGACGGCAUGGCGAUCUAUGGCCGCCGAGGAGUGGUGAGGAAGGAUAUACCGCUCUUCCCACAAUGGCUUUUACCUGCGGUUGAGGACUGGAGCAUGAACGGAAAUGCUCGGAAGGGUCUUCGAGACAAGCUGCGGCUCCAGAGCACACGUGUGAUGGAGCCUCACAAGCCCUUGCGUCCUGUGCUUGGUAAUGCACCUUCUCCGCUGUAUCCAUGUGAUCAGGAUGUAGCGGUUCGGCCAUCAUUGCACAGGAAUGGACAGCAGGAGUUAAGUGCCCGUCGGAUCACCAGUCCCGAGGAGAUCAAACAGGAAGCACUCCGACGGCUGCAGCUCCGAAGGCAACGAAGCACCCCUAACUUGGCACUGAACUCUAGACAGGAGUCUAGUACCAUGAGUAAAGCUCAUACGGCAGAUCCCAUCUGCACUAACUCCACCCAGUCAACCCCUGAGAGGAAAAGACCCCCGAUAGGCCGCUUGCACAUACCUACAUUUGAGGAGUUUAAGAGAAUGAGACAAAAGGAGGCCAUUAAAAACCACAGGUCCUCUGAAAUGGAGAGUAACGACAAGCAUAGAGAGGAAAGAAUACAGACAGAGGAAAUGCAAUGUGCUGAAAGGAGAGACAUUGACAUCAACACAGCUCUGGAUUCGAACCACUGCGAAGCGGAGAUGUCUGAGCCCAGUUCCACCGCAGAGGUCCCAGGAGGACCCAUCUGCACAGGCCCAGUGGCUCGCUCUCCAUUACACCCUCAAGCUGCUACAGGAAGAGGCAAGGAGACAAAGGGCCCAGCAGGCCCUGGGGCCACAGAUGUAGCUGUUCUCCCCUUCCCGCCCCGCAGGGAGAGUGGUGAUGGCCCAUCCAGCUGCUGCCCGGCAAUCCUUCUGGACGGAACAGACCUUUCCAGCUAUGGAGCCAAAAUCUACAAAAUGAGGGAUGGCUUACUGGGAUCUGCCCUGGACCUUAUUAAAAAAAGCUGCAGUGCAGAGAUUGCAGCCGAGACUUCCGUGCGAUUGUCGCGUGAGCAGAAUGACGUCACUGACAUCACCGCUCCCCAGCCCAGCCAUCAGUCUGCCCACGUUGCCAUGACAACAUCGGCCUGCGGAGAGGAGGCUUGCACCGAGCCCGUGGGACAACGGGGCAAAGCGGCGACAGAAUGCCAGGUUUCUGGGGCGGGCUGCAGACGCUCCAGCUCGGACGCGGCCUAUGAGCUGGCUGAGUCAGUGAGGGCCCAGCGUGAGUGUCGUCUGAGGCCCCACUACAGCGAUCCCAUGCCUGCAGACGCCACCAAGCGUAAGCAGCUGGAGAUGAAGAUCGCUGCUGCGGCACGCUUGCACAUUCACCGCAGAGACAGGGACAGUGUGCCAGGCUCAGCCAGGGGCCGCUCGGAGCCCAGAGGUGAGGAGAGGAGCAGGGGCCUGGGUGUGAGGCGCUCAGCACAGCACCGCUGGAGUACCAUCAGCAGCCUGAGCGCAGACAGUGGUGUCGUAGGCUUGAAUGAUGAGCGUGAAGAUGAGGAAGAGCCUCGUCGCAUCCGCCACAGUGCCGGAGCCGAGGUAGAACGUGUGGACAGCGGCAUCGGCCCUGGAUUGGCUCGGGGCUGGAGGAGACCCUUGCCGUCCCUCAGGGCCUGGGACGCUCAGCAGACCUGUCCCGACUGUGGACACAAAGAGGGGGCCCGCGAGGAAGGCAUGUGUGAACGCUGCUCCAAGCUACGCACAGAGCGCAAAGAGGCCAUCCUAGAGUUUCUCAACACUGAGUCGAGUUAUGGAGAGGACCUGCGCAUCAUCAAGGAAGAGUUUUACUGCCCCAUGCAGAGUGCAGGGCUGCUCACUGCAGAGCAGCUGGCCGUGGUCUUCAGCAAUGUUCAAGAGCUCAUUGAUGUCAACGACAAGUUCACAGAGCACCUGCAGGACAGCAUCGAUCAGGCUUUUGAUCAGGGCGAUGAGGACCUGCAGAGUGUGUGCAUUGGGGAAAUCUUCUUGGAGUUUGUCAACAUGCUUCCAGCGUUUCAGACCUACUGCCUGCAGCAGUCCACAUCUGUCAACAUGCUCAACACACUGGAGAAAGAAAAAGAGCUUCUUAGGAUAUUCCUCGACGUGUCCCAGAAUGACAACACAGCACUCAGACGCAUGAACCUGCGCUCUUUCCUCAUGGCGCCGCUUCAGCGGGUGACCAAGUACCCAUUACUGUUAAGUCGCAUUAGCAAGGUCACCAACGAAUGUCACCCAGACUACUCCCGCUUAAAAGAGGCCAAGAGCCGCGUGGAGUCCCAUCUAGAGCACAUCAACAUGAAGACCAAACAGGAGGGAACCGCCACAUGGUCCUUGCGCUCUUUCCGACGCGACAGUCGCAAGAACCGAGAAGUCAUUAACAUUGAGAUGAGAGAGCUGUCGAUGAAGACGGUGGGCUGGACACGAGAGAGCACACGCUUCAUCAUGGAGGGGCCACUUCAACUGGCGCAGCCCGCCGAUGGCCAGUGGCUUAAGAAGGGGAGCAAAUCCCUCAAAUUCCAGAACAUUCAGAGUUUACUCAUGGUCCGCACCCUGCGCAAUACAGACACGGUGACUGAAGGGAGUCUGGAGACCUUAGAGACGGUGCAGGACGGUGUACUGGUGCUCAUCAAGGACAAGAGCAGCGGGAAGUUCACUGUGUUACGGGAGCCAAUCCAUCUGGCAAACUGCGUGGUAUCCGCCGACGCCGACUGUGAAGACACCUUCGAGGUGCUGGACAUCCGACGCGAGGCCUUAGUUUUCCGUGCGUCCGACAAACCUCGCACUCAGCAAUGGUUUCGUCAGAUCAAGAGAUACGCUUGUGAUUUGGGAUCCUGGAGAAAGAGACGCAACGCACUCCCUAAUAUCAUGAUUAACACGACCCAGAGCCGGUCUUGAGACUGAGCCCUCAGCAACACAUCCCUUCCCAGUAUAACUUUGAUGUAAAUAAUUGAAAAAAAAUUUUAAUCAAUAUUUUGUUGAGCAAACAGUAUUUGUGUGGGGGAACCGUAUCUAAGU